AUAUGGAGAAGUGACCGAUGCUUAUGUGAUAACCGAGAGAGAAUCAGGUUCAGAUCCGAGACCGUUUCGUGUAUUUGUUUCCCAUGAGGGACGGAGGAGACCUACAGUAUGAGCUACGCGUCUGUAGUUGGAAUCGGACAGAGUGAAAGAGGGCCAUUUUUCAAUGCACCCGUCUGACCGUAAUGAAAGGGCAGCCAUUUGUGAAUGCACCCGUUUUGUGAAAGACCGACCUUUGAGUCUCUUGAUCGUGGUCAUGGAUUAUCAAAUGACGCACUCUCCGUCCUUGUGGUGUUGCCUUUAAACCAUGUUGUUGUUGAGCGCAUGGAACGUGUCAUCCUUUUUGUUUACCACUGGCGCCCUAUUCCGUUCCCUAUGUUCCUAUGUUUCGCCGACUCGAUUUCGAAAACAAGGACGCUCUCGUGGGUUCGGUUUCGUUACCUUCGCCGAUGCCAAGAACGCAGAAGAUGCCGUAGCCGCCAUGAAAGAUCAAGAACUUGACGGAAGACCUAUCAGGGUUGAUAUUGCCAACGAGCGUCCACCCCGUGACGAGAACCGUGGUGGCGGUGGUGGUUACCGCAACCGUGACUCUGGUUACGGAGGAAGAUCUUUUGGUGGUGACCGUGGAUACCGCGGCGGUGACCGUGGAGAUGACCGUGGUUCUCGCUCGGACCGUGGCUAUGAUCGUCGGGACGACCGGGACCGCCGGGAUCGCCGGGAUGACCGUGAUGACAGGAAUGGUGGUGGCCGGUCUCGUCAUGACAGGCCUUCUGACCGAUCUUCUGGCCGUCGUAACGACUACUAG